ACCGUUACAAUGUACUUCAUGUAUGACAGAACCUUAACCCUAAACCAAGCCCUUUUCUGAUACAACCACUUACAUAGAUCGUGCAAAAAGAUUUACAUGGCAGUGAUGCAUAAUGACAUUUAGAGGGAUGGCUAGCAGGAGUAGGCUGGCAUCCUUCCAUCCACAUCCUUUGCAGCAGCACCAGUGCACAUUAACACAAGUGGAGAAUUUGUUUAGCUCUGGUCUCGUCUCUCUUCACUUGUUACCUGCGUGUCCCACCAUGCAGUUACGGAACAGAAUCCCAUGGAGUGAGGAAGCAGCGCUGCUCUCCUAGCUGCAGUGCAAGCCUGGAGCUCCUCGGCUCAUACGAUCAGGGACUGGGCUGUCAGGCUGCUGUGUCCGGGGCCAGUCAGCCCACUUUGUGACCUAUUGCACGGGGACCCUGGCCACCUCUCAUUUCACAUUAUGAAACAACAAUGGGCAUGAUUAGAGUCCUGAUUGCCAGCUAAUGGUUUAACCUCAGCAGGGCGGAUUGCUGCUUGUUACUGAAUUGCCAGAAGGAAGGUUCUUUGGACUGAAGCUGUAACUCCCUCUCAGAGGAGCAAUGCCUUCUUUUAAUGAUAGUGCACAAGCAGGAGGAGAAGGAUUUUUUUUUUUUCCAGCAAUGCAGCCACUUCCCCAGACAUCCAAGUCCUGUCCUGUUUUAUUGCGAAUGGCCUACAAUGCUUAGUGCUAAUGCUUUUCUAAUGAUUGAAGUCAGACAGAUUUUGCAAUGUUUCUCUGCAAGAAACUAGGAACAAUAGUGCACUAUGCGCUAGGCUGGGGGUACCCUGUUUUUUGCAGCACAGCAUGAUGCAAACAUGAUGCAGACGUCCCUGCAAAAGUUCAUGUAGAUUUUGCAAUUCAAAGCAAUUCAUUUUGCAAACUGUUUGAUGAAAAAGCAAGGGCCUCCUGCAGCACGCUGUUUAAUCACUCGGCUGACAGAUUUGAUCGUCUUUCACGUUGAAAUUACUUAUGCCAACGAAAUUGAAAAACAAAGUGCAGUCAAUAAUUAAAAAAAAAACACAAAUAAGCAUUCAUUCAAAUAGAAAUCACGUGUGCUUCAAGCAUCUAAGUUGCGCGCUUUAUUUUUCAAAAGUGUUCAUACUGACUCUUUAAAUGUGAAGUUGAGUGGAACAAAAAACACACACACCUUGCUGCAAAGAAUUUCUGAGAGAAAGAAAAUGACAGAUCUUAAAACCAGUUAAGUGGCACCUUUGCACCAGGAAAGCCCUGCUAUAGUAAAUCAUCCCCCAAAAGCCUCCUUUUAUUUGUCCGGGUCGCUAAUCCAUUAAUUUAGAGUUUUAGACGAAUGGUUCCGUUUCCCCAGACUGACUGACAUUCCCCAAAAAUGUAACACUGGGGCGAUCGCUUAACUCAACAGCCACUGCAGGUGAUAAUUGUCAAAUAUUUUCUUGUUUGCCCUUCCUUUGAAGUCCUGGCCUGUCUUUUUGCCCCCGUAGGGCUCUCCUGCUCUGAUUUAUUGCCCUGCUGUCGUGCAGACACCCAAAUUACCCGAACCUUCAAAGCAAGCCCAGGACAGAGCUAAUAGGGAAAUAGGACACUGCUAAUUGCAGCUAUGGAGAAAUGUAUAUUUUAGAUUGCGCUGAUAAGGGUUUUCAUGUAGAAGGAAGAGACCUUAUAAAGGACAUUUACAAAACUUUGGUUAUCUGAUAAAGAAACAAUUUGUCAUGUAGCUUCUGAGCUCAUUUUUCAAAGACUGUCAAAGCUUUGUGUGCUUUUGGUUAAUACGUGGGCAUUGUACAAGUUUGAAAACUUUCUGUUUUUAACUAAUUACAGCGGUGUUAGAAACCAGUGUCAUCAAAUUGCCCUUGUUUGUAUUUGCUUGCUGUGCAUUCAUUGUGAAAAAACCCCCCCAAAAAACUCUUAAAGCAAUUCCCAGAUAAGAACUCAGAGCUGUGCCUGAGUUGUUUGUUACUAGUUUGGUAACAUUUUAAAACGAGGUGAACAUGUCAGGUGGGUGCAGGAUUUACAGAACGUAUGCAUUGCCGCAUUUUGCAUUUGCAUUUCUUUACUUGGUCUUCCCAUGUGAUGUGAAGCAGUAUCUGAAGCUGCUCAACGGCAGUGUCUCUGACAGCGCUCAUGAGAAAGCAAGCUCCCCACAGAGCUUCCUGGUCUCAACCCUGCCAAUCUCAUGAGAAUAAUGACACCUUUGCGGGAAAGAAGUCCUUUCACACGGUCAGUGAAAGAUCCCAGCCAGUCAAAGACUAGCAGGACUCAACAAAGCACUGCAAUAUACAAUGCCCUUAGUUAUACUUUUCUUCAUACUAUAGAUUUGCAAAUGAAAAACUGUGUAUUUUGAUUCAACUAAUACUUACUGUUUCGUGUCUCUAUCUACAUUAAUGCUCCAUCACAUUAGACAAUCUAUAUUUAUUAAUAUUUAUUCAUUAACUCCCAAUGAAGAGACACUAUGGCACGUAAGCGCUCAUGUAGUCACAUUAAGGGUGACGACAUUAUCAGCCAAACAACAUUUAAAAAAAGCAGAGCAACAGCAGACAAGCUAAUCAGAUACAUUUUAUGAGGCAGUCCCAGUAUAUAAUGAGUGCACAGAUAGAUUUGGGAUUUAGGUACACAUGCAGCACACAACUAUUAUUGUGUAGCUGGAAUUAAAAGAGGCAGGGCGUGUCUAAGAUGAAUGCCCGCCCUACUCUGCCUCGAGGAGGGACACAAGCAGAGAGUGCACUACCUGUAUAGGUUAACACAGCUCCAUGUGGGGCAAUAAAAGACAGCCUUAAAGCUUUAAAAGGAGGAAGAAGUAGCUCUGCUGCAAACGCCCAGCUUGCAGCAUUGAUCACAGAUCCGAAGAGCACUGACAGCUCCUGACAGCACGAGCAACACCAGAUCAUGCCUGAAUCAUCCAGGAUGAACAGCACAGCCAGUGCAACAGAGUCCGAGCUCUCAGAGGAAGAACUGGAAGCCGCUUCGCUGGAGAACGAGGACGAGCUGUCCGAAGGAUGCAACCACUCCAAGUGCUCCAGGGACAGCGAGAGCUCCACCAGCGAGGUGGACGACUCUAAGUCCAAAAAGAGGAGCCGUCCAGUGAGGUCCAAGGCUCGCAGGACAGCAGCCAACGUGAGGGAACGCAAGAGGAUCCUGGAUUACAACCAGGCGUUCAACGCCCUGAGGAUGGCCCUCAAGCACGACCUCAACGGCAAGCGGCUCUCCAAGAUCGCCACCCUGCGGCGGGCCAUCAGCCGGAUCUCCUCUCUCUCCAUGUUCCUGCACACGAACCCGGUGCACAGGCACAACCAUACCGAAUGCCAGUUCCAGGAGCCCAGAAUGGACGUGGGGGGGAAGGACGGAGGUCGGCAAGCCUUCCAGGGGCCAUUGGAAAGCCACCCUCCACACCACCCCCCCUCGGAUCAAAUCUACGGAGACAGCCACCUGCCCCCUUCCUGCUCCUCCUCCUCAUCCUCUCCACUCUAUUCCAGAUAUUCCCCUGAGGCCCAGUACUACGUUCACCAGGGACAUUACAGGAACCCCCAAGAGGAUCCUUGCAGCCCGGCUGGCUACACCAGCAGCGGGGCAGGCUACCAGUUUGGAGUCAGGACAAGCUGUCAUCAAAAUCACACAGACAACUGUGCAGAGCCCUCGACUGCAGCGGCCUUCCCUUGGCAGCUUGGCUAUCUCCAAGGCACUGGUUAUCAACAGUCCCUGACGAUGCACUGAGCUCAGGCUGGGACUAAAAAAAAACAACUUCUGAGACUUUGAGAAGAAUUUAAAUGACUCUGCGCCCCAAUUCACCAAACUCAGCUGGCAUUUAAAGACGGUGUGUAUUCAUACUAAAACGACCUCUUUUUCAGUGUCUUUUUUUCAGUAAAAACAUGCCUGCAGUUGACAGAGUGUUGCUGAAAUGCUUGGUCUGCCACACACCUAAUGCAACCCUAUCUACUCUAUGAGUAAUGCAUACAUGGGAGAAAGCUGCUGUAGUUUUUGUUAAUGCAUCAGGAUGAAACGUCAGUGUAUUUGUCCAUGUUUAUUGUCUUCUAUGACUGCAAUGGUAUGUAAUUAAAUAAAUGUGACUUUUUUUCUAACUGUUUUUUUUGUCUGAUCUUUCCUUUCUUAUUCAUUCUGGAUGUUUACGUUGUGUUUUUUCCACUCAGAUUUGUUUUUUUAUUAGGAGUAAAUAUAUUUGAGAAUCUGGACAUUCGGUCUUAAUCCUGUCACUAUCAGCUAGUUCUCAAACCCCAUUCCACACUAAACUUGGACUACCUGCAUUAACAUUAAACAGUGCAUGAUUAUUGCUAAUCAGCGUGUGUGAAGCCAGCUGCAUUCAGCCAGUACAGCAUCUCUAACCACUUUGGCAUCAACCGAACCUUAUUUCCUAUCCAGCACACAAGCUAAUCGCUAACCACACCCGACAGUCUCAUGCACACGACUUUGCCACAUUUUUCUCUUAGUAUAAUGGUUUAGGGUAUGCUGUCCUUUUCACAGACUGCAGUCAUGCUUCUCAGUUUACUGGGCGACACACAUCCUGAAACGUAGCCUUUCAGUCUUCAGUUCAAUAACGCCUCUCGGGCAGUCAGCGAUGACUUGCCAGUCGCUCACGUACACGCAUAAAUUCGAAAUGUUUUGACGUUUUUACAAGGGAGCAGCGUUUCAUGUGUUUUAUGAGUGUGUGAGUGCGCCUGUAAAUGUCAGGAAUGUCUUAACUGUGUUUCCAAAGCGUUGAGAAAUUCUGUACAUGCCUUCUCCUGCAGCAUGUGAUGAUUAUUAACAGGAGCAAAAAAACCCUAAUAAAUACUUUGCUAAAUAACCAAGUCAUUAAAACAAUGUUGGGUGCAGUUCAACAAGCCGCAUCCUCUUUCAGAACCGCAUUAUGUCUGGUAGGUAGAUGUGGAUUAGCUGGCUUGUAUAUUUUGUAUUCACUCUGUCCAGUGAGUCAGGUGGACAUGAUGACUUGGCUUCUGUGGGUCAAGCUUUAUUCUUGCUCCUCAGACUGCAAGUUAUUUAUGCCUGGUGCUCUUAAUCCUGUCAGCUGAUGCCCUUGGGAAUGGAAUGUUGUGUUUUGCAUUCCGGAUUGUGUCAGCUGAUGAUGGCAUCAAGCCACUGGCCUCGGUCCCCGAGACACUGACGUUCUUCUGCCACUAGAGCUAUUGCGAAUGCAGUAGGGUUUAAUCAAGUGAGAGCGGAGUGAUGCUGUGUCUCAGUCAUUCACUUUCCCUCUGCUCAGUAUUUGUCAUCAGCUUUCCACAAGAGGCUAUCUCAUUAGCAGAAUGACUUGCACUGGACAGUCACAGCGCCGAUGGCACAGUGGCCCUGUGGUUCCUGCUCUGGACUGUAGGUGGGAGGCCCGGUUUCUCUCUAUUCGCUCAGCCUUGGCAUUCCAGGUUUUGAUCAGAAUGCCUACAAAUAUAAGCUUCACGUCCUUUAUAAGUAUCCAUACUGUAUUUAAAGCAGAAAAGGAGAAGGGGUGGGUUCAGGGCAAGUCUUUGUGUUGCACAGAGACAAGCAGCUUGUUUUUCAUGGCAAAACAUUUACUCUGUUUGUUUACUUGAUUUUGAUUUGGUCAGCCUGCUGUUUCUCAUCCCGCUGGAGCACUGACCAAGCAAAUCAACCCCACAGUUUCUUAUCAGUUGUACUUUAUAUUCUAUGGAAAAUAGUGAACCUAUGCCAAUUCAUUAAACAGUGAAGCAAUGCCAAUUCAUUAAACAGUGACCCCCUCUCUUGCAUUUUAACCCAAAUCACAGAUACAAGCCUCCCUAUGCAUGGCUGAUUUCAAUAACGCAAAGAGCCCUGUUUUAAUGAUCGGUGUUCAGAAAUCCUCUGCAAGUCAGAUCAGCUGAACAGACCCCCCCAGUGUCCCAUGAGUUAGAUCAGGUUGGCUAAUGAACUUCCUAACUGCUCGGGGCUGCUUGGCAGCACCCUUGUGGAGCUUCAACCACCUGCAGGCUGCAGGCUCCGAGUGCCUGGAAGAGGCGAGGAUUCUGCUUUCCCUUCCCGUAAAGAGGGGGGCCUCCCCCCUGUACAGUCAUCGCCAGGGUGUGGGCGCAAUCCCUCCCCCUGAGAUGCACUGGGAUUCAUGCCCACUGCCUCCCACAGCAUCCCUUCUUGGAGGACCGAUUGAUCGGUGGGAUGGCUCUGGGGAGGGAUGUCUGGCAGUCUGAGCUUCCUGUUUUGGCUUCCUGCCUGGCUGUCGUGCAGUCUGCCAAUCUGUCUCACCUGUCUGUCUGUCUGUCUACCCGGCCUCUUUUUUUUGUAUUCGGAUCAGGCUUACUCAGCUUCUGCUCGGAGCGUUUUCCUUUACAGCCGCAUACCUUACUCAUCGUUGUAUCUGGACAACGUCUUUCCAAUAGUUGGCCACAAGAGGGCAGUAACACCCUAUUGUGACGAGAGUAGCCACAAUUCAGAACUGAUGUAAGUGCCACAGUACCGCAGACAAUACAUUCCCAUUGUAGAUACAGCCCUAUCUUACGUGUCGAUACUGACAGCAGUCCAAUCAGCGCACUCCCAUUGUAGUUCAAAUGUAUUUACUGGGGGACCAGGUAACAUGCAAGCUAAUUAUUCUACAGCUACUGGCAUUCAGUAGUGCUGCAUUUAGAAAGCCUAAGAGAAAUGCCAUCAAUGCAGCGACAAGCUUUUAAAAUUGGAAAGCUGUUCCUCACGAAUUCACUGCCUUGGUGACGCCCGUGUCCUCUGCAAGCCCUGGGUUAAUGGAUUCAGUCUGAUCCGCCUGGCUGUGUUGCAGUAAGAAAGGGAACGCUUAGUCAUCACAGAGUCCCACACCAGACAACACGCCGGUAAGCAGCUGAGACAUGAGGAGAGCGAUGAGCUCACACGACAGGCUGCUCCAAUCCCCCCCGUUCUGCAAGCGGGGGAGGCGGUGAAUAACGAGGCACAGGGCGCAGAAUGAACAUGACGUUUAUGAAGCAAAUCUGGAGGGACUUCCCAGCCUUAUCAUUCCUGCUUCUGCCUACUAAAAUAUUCCCCGGUGUGCUACCAUGUCAGGA